GUAAAACCCUUUAAUAAUAAUUAUAAAAGAGCUUCCCGCAAUCUUUCGCCUUCUAUUUCUCUCUCUACUAUUUUAAUUUAUUUGAAGUUUCUGUAGGAGUUGGAGAGAAAAGUUUUCAUCUUUAUUCCCCUCCAUGUCCCCACUGUCCUCCACCCCAAUAACUCCUUACAGCCGUUGAUUCCUGAUACUCAUCACAUCAUAUCGUCAGCUCUCCCUCCACUCCAUCACUGCCUGCCUUCUUUUAUUACACGCCCCUCGGUUUUUUUUUCCAUUGUUUUUCUUUUUCUUUCCUUUAUUUUACUUGCUUUUUUUUGGGUAAAUUGUAUUGUGAAGUCAAGGGUGUUCUUUUUCCAUUUUAAUCUUAAAUUGAGUGUUACCGAGAGUGAUAGAAAAAACGGAGACUAGGUUUUUCCUUCUAAUUUGGUUUUUAUUUAAAUUCGGCUGCAAUGGAGCCGCGAGUUGGGAACAAGUAUAAGCUCGGUCGAAAGAUCGGCAGCGGAUCGUUUGGAGAGAUCUAUCUUGGUACCAAUAUUCAAACGAAUGAGGAAGUUGCAAUUAAGCUUGAAAAUGUGAAGACCAAGCAUCCACAGUUGAUGUAUGAAUCGAAGUUGUAUAAAAUACUUCAGGGAGGAACUGGAAUUCCAAACGUGAGAUGGUUUGGCGUUGAAGGUGACUAUAAUGUCCUUGUGAUGGAUUUACUUGGACCUAGUCUUGAAGAUUUAUUCAACUUCUGCAGUAGAAAAUUGUCACUCAAAACUGUUCUCAUGCUUGCGGAUCAGAUGAUCAAUCGAGUUGAAUUUGCUCAUUCAAAAUCAUUUCUGCAUCGAGAUAUCAAGCCAGACAAUUUCCUCAUGGGUCUAGGGAGGCGUGCAAACCAGGUCUACAUCAUUGAUUUUGGUCUGGCUAAGAAGUACAGAGAUACUUCAACCCAUCAACAUAUUCCUUAUAGAGAAAAUAAGAAUCUGACAGGAACUGCAAGAUAUGCAAGCAUGAACACUCACCUUGGAAUUGAGCAAAGCCGGAGGGAUGAUUUAGAGUCACUUGGAUUUGUUCUAAUGUAUUUUUUAAGGGGAAGUCUUCCUUGGCAGGGACUGAGAGCUGGAACUAAGAAGCAAAAGUAUGACAAGAUCAGCGAAAAGAAAGUAUCAACUUCUAUUGAGGCCUUGUGUCGAGGUUAUCCUAGUGAAUUCGCAUCCUACUUCCAUUACUGCCGAUCCCUACGGUUUGAUGAUAAACCAGAUUAUUCUUAUUUAAAGCGAUUGUUCCGAGACCUCUUCAUUCGUGAAGGUUUCCAGUUUGAUUACGUGUUUGAUUGGACAAUCCUAAAGUAUCAGCAAUCUCAGAUUGCCAAUCCUCCUACCCGUGCUCUUGGCCCUGGUGCUGGAACUAGCUCUGGCUUACCUCCUGCAGGUGCAAUUGCUGAUAGGCAGUCAGGUGAAGAGACCAGACCUUCUGGUUGGUCUUCAGCAGAUCCUACACGCAGGAGGCAUUCUGGCCUGAUUGCAAAUUCUGGAAGUUUAGCUAAACAAAAAAGUCCAGUAGCUAAUGAUCUUUCUGCUGCUAAAGAUCCUAUGUUGUCUAGUUCUAAUUUCUUGCGUUCAAGUGGAUCUUCGAGGCGAGCUGCUGUUUCUAGCAGUCGUGAUGCCGCAGCAAUCGCAGUUAGUGACUCUGAACGCUCUCACUUUCGUACAACCGAUGCAACCGCAGGGCCAUUCCAGAAAAUCUCCAGUGGGCAAAGAAACUCGCCUGUGUUAUCAUCAGAGAACAAGCGGCCAUCUUCUGGUAGGAACACCUCAAAUAUAAAUAAUGUAGAGUCUGCUGUGAGGGGCAUUGAAAGCCUGCAUUUUAGAAACGAAGAAAGGUUACACUAUUAGCGUACUACCUACUCAGCCUGCCUGAAUCUCCUGCUGCCAACAAAAUCUAUGAUGGCAUACUUGGAGCAGAAGCUGUUCUGUUUAUUGUGUUUUUAUAAAAAUCUGAGACGAGACGACUGAAGUUGAGAAUUAUAACUGUAAGUAGUAAUAAAGAGAGAAUGAAUGAGGAAGAGUGGGAUGUCCAAUGAUAGAAAUUAUAAAAACCUAGGGCACGGUACUUUUGUCUAAAUAUAUACAGCUUUCCUUUUUUUAAUCUUUGCUACCUUCUCUGUUGAAUGUACUCGUGUAGAUCAUGUAACAUGUUUUAAAAUUCAUACGCAGGCUAUUUGUAGGGUUUUUUUUAUAUCAAUAUUGUAAUUUGCUUUUAUUAAUUUACUGUAGGAAAUCGUCAUAUCAUGCUACAUCAUAAUAAACGGCUGUAUACAACAAUUGCCGAAAAUUUUAACCAACAUCUAAAAAUAGCAGGUUCUUGAACAAAAUAUUCAUUAUUGGGAAGAGAGGUUCACUUACAUUUUUUGUUAAAUGUAGGAUUUACAUUACACUCAACAUCAAUAGCAUUAAAAAAUAUCCAUGGAAUCGGUUGGUCUACACCAUUCGGAGUUCAGGUCUGGGUACACUAAUCAUGUGGUUAUGAUUUUAAAUCUUGUUUAUUUAUUUAGUGGGGUUAGCUGGCACCCGAUGAGCCAUAUUCAAAAUCAAAAUUUGAGUUUCCAUUUUAUUUUAUUCAAACCUUAUGAAAAAGUAAAAAGAAUGAGAUUGAAAAAGAGAGUUCAAAUCUUCUAUUAAUUCUUAUGAAUUGCUUUUAUCUCAUUCAUCUAAAUUGAUGGUCCACCAAUAAUUAGAAACAAGAUCAUUGACGAUGGCAGAUUAUCAAGACCCUCUUUAGAUAGAAUGCAAUCUAAGGAAAUGAAUUAAAAUGUUCAAUUUCGCUGAGGACCUCAAUCUCACUAAUUUGAGAAAUACGUACUCAGAUCAUCUAUAAUUAAAAUUCUACAAAGUAUACUUUAUGCUAUAUAUAUUGUAAAAGCUUAUGAAAAAUUCCAGAUUCAAGGAAAUUUCGCAUAUCCCAAAGUUGCCAUCCACCGACAUAGUCAAACACAAACCCCAACGAAGAAGAAAAAGAAAAAUCGAGACAAGCAGCAGAGAAUCAGCGCCACCCAUACAAUACAUAGUCUUUGAUCCACCUAAAGCUUUUCCUUAAAGACCCUUUCAUCUUGCCUUCAACCGCGUAAACCUUGUAACCAGCAACCCUUUUCUUCCUCUGCAGCUCCGGAUCAUUGAAGCUCCAUGAUUUUGAAGAAGACCCAAAAGUGCUUUUGCUUUUCUUCAUCUUAAUUUCCUUGCCCAGCUGAUUUGGUGGUUGAACAGAGUUGGCAUAAUUGGCACUGUAGCAUCGGAGGUCUUGCAUGUUCCUUGGCCCUCCUUCUUUAGCUUGAUAGUAGUAGCUAUCCAUCUGCAUCUCACCAUCCCUGUAUGAUUUGGAUCUGAAACCCUCCAUAAAGCAAAGAAAUGAAUGGGGAGGUGUGGAAAGGGAUGAAGUUGCGGCAGUGGGUUUGUUUUUUUACUUGGAUUGAGACAGAGAAGAGGGGGGGUUAAGUGGGAACAGCUCAAGUGGGGGUGCUUAUGGGCUUUAGUGUUGGCAAUUAUUUUUUUUUCGUGGGUGGAGCCUUUUGACAUUUUCUACUUUUAUAUUAUCUUACAAGGCAGUCGGCCAUUGCACGAGGGCAGGCAGCUUAUUUUGAAUGGUCAUUGGUGUGUACUUGCCACCUGUGAUGGUGUCCAUCCUUGACAAUGAAGAGCGUCUUCUAGAUGGAAGGAAAUCAAGGUAUACAUAUUUCUAUUGAAGUUGAAAAAGGGUUAUGAGAUUGUGUAAAAUAAUAAUAUUUGAUUGGGUUGUGAAUUUUAUGCAACUGUUAAAAGAUGGGUUGUCCUCACUCACCCUGCUAGAUGGUGAUGAGUGAUGACUUUUGAGUUUUGAGUACAGAGCUACUGUUGUGGGUCACAUUAUCUGCUCUUUUUUUUCACGAAUUGAACCAUAUGUACAUACAUACAAUCAAAAAAAUGAGAGAGUAAACAGUAAAACACAGACAAGGCUACAACAGCCAACAGCUCAGCCCAACGCUUCUCUAUGGAAAUCAAACCUAUUAUUUGGUGGGAGACGCCAUUGCCCAAACGUUCUUCACCGAUUGGAUAUAUUGUUAGUUUGAAGUGACUACUCUUCAGGUUGUUAAAUUAAAAAAUACAAUUUAAAUCAAUUUUUAGCCUAAUUUGUUUAAAUGCAUCCAUACUAAUAUAUCGAUCAAUUAAUUCAGUCCAUGAUAAAAAGAUCAACAAACUAAAAGGAGAAAAUAAAAAAAAUGAGUUUGGCGUACCUAAGCUCCCUUUAAAAUGGAAUUAUUCAGAGACAAACCAAAACACAAAAUACAAACAAUGACCAACACAACUGGAAAGGCAAUGAACUCAUAGGUCAAAGGUAGGCGCAGCAGACAACUAAGCUCUACUAAACCCACGGUGACCAAACAUGAUAUAAAUCCACCCAAGCUUGAAUAACUUACAAGGAAAAAAGGGGACAGAUUCCAAAAACCCCUAGCCGCACUAGAAUACCAAAUAAAGAUAAACCCACAGCAAAGAAGUGGGCAAAACUGGACAAUCAUUAUCUGGAAAAUGUGCAGGAACCAUAUCAUUAAAAUGGUCAAAUAUGUUUUUAAGAACAACAUUAACUUAAGAAACUAGAAAGGAAGAAAAAAAAAAAAAAAAGAAACAAGAAAAGCGCACGUUAAAAUAGGACUUGCAAAACAACAAAACCCUUUGCCUCAAAUAAUCUUUCAAAAAAGGUAAUCUCAUCAAAGGAGAUCAGCGACGUUUGACGGCAGCUCCUCAAUGAUCACAUUGUAGAACUUCUGGAUGUCAUACAGCAUUCUCUCGUCAUCAUUAGUCACAAAGUUAAUGGCAACACCUUUCCUUCCAAACCUUCCACUUCGU